UCCCUCCACACAUUUUUCUGUUUGUUUUUCUAUUUAUUCUCGUUCUUUUAAACGUCCCUUUUCUUUGAUUACUCAUUUUGCUUUUUACAUUACCAGAUCGAUCAGAAGCAUUAGAGAGAAUUUUGAGAGGAUUGGGACAGAAAGACAGGGUUGUAGGGCAGGAGAAAAAUGGAAGAAAAAAGCUUUGAGAAAAUUGAGGCAAAAAUUUAGAGAGGAGGUAAAUAAAUGGAGGGGAAGGGAGGGGAAGGGGAAGGGGAAGGGAUUGAUCGAAGAAAAAAAAAGAUUUUUCAGCUUUUUAAAACUAACCGGCUGACUGGACUGUUGUAUAUGUGUGUGUGUUUAUUGCAAAUAAGAAUGGGAACUUUGGGUGGGUGGAGGAGGAGGAAAGAAGGAAGGAGAUAAGGAAAGAAGAAGAAGGGAAGAAGAACACUAUUAAACAACAUUAAUUUAUCAAAGCUUCUUCCAUUAAGCUUCUUUUACCUUUUCCCUGUCUGGGACUUGAUUAAAUCCAGAUUUAUCUGAAAAGGAUGACGCUUUAUAUUUUAUUUUUGCAUGUUCUUUUAAAUUGGAUUUUAUUUGGAAUUAUUUUAUUUUGACUUUUUAUUGGUCUAAGGCAUCUGCUGGACAUUAUCUCGAGUAAACGAUGUCUAUUCUCGAAAAAAAUAUUUUUGUAGACUCCGAAUAUUUGUCGAAAAUGUUGAAUUAAAUCCCUAUCUCUCUCUCUCUCAAAUAAUUACCCUUCCAUUGAGAGAUUAAAACAAUAAUGACACUAUGGGAGUAUCUUCCUGCAUGCCGUCCCGGUUCGGAUCUGAAACCACGCCAUCCCGAAGAUCCUUUGCGGUCAUACGGUGAGAUACUUCCAAAGUACCGCAAUAAUUACUCUGAGUAAUUAUUUUAGUAUUUACAGUAGUAUCUUUGCAUAUAAGACCCCUUCGGAUGUUAAGAACGAUCGUUUUGAAUUUCUGUUUUUGAGAAUCUUCCUUACUUAACUGUGU